AUGUCUCAGUCCGGUCAAGGAGCUGGCGGCGGCGGCAGCGGCGGAGGAGGAGGAGGAGGAGUCGACAUUUCAACCCUCUCGGUCCAACAAAUCUCCGCCCUCCAAGCCCGCCUGUCCCAGGAACUCGAACACCUAAGCACGUCGUACCAACGUCUGCGCGCCGCUCAGGCCCGCUUUCGAGACUGCAUCAAGAGCAUACAAGACGGAGUGGAGGGUAAGAGCGGAGGAACACCUCUCCUCAUUCCGCUCACCACGUCGCUAUAUAUUCCCGGGACGCUGGCUCCGACGUCGUCCACCGGUGCGGGCGCGAGUUCCGGUUCCAGUCCCUCUUCCUCAGCAAGCCUCCUAGUCGACGUUGGGACGGGGUUUUUCGUGGAAAAGACACCGAGGGAUGGUAUCAAGUUCUAUGAGCGCAAGAUCGACGAGCUGGCGAAGAACCUGGCGGAUAUCGAAAAGGUGGUGACGGGGAAGAGCGAGAAUUUGAGGAUCAUCGAGGACGUACUCAGGCGGAAGAUGGUCGAGGAGCAGCCUAGGCAGUUUGGUGCCGGUGGGGGGAGCACCAACCCUGUGGCGGCGGCGGCGGCGGCUGGGGGAGGAUAA